AUGAGCAACCAACCAUGGCUUGACAGUCUGUCUGACGACUGGCCAUCUCCAGCUUCGCCCACCAGCCCGGUACCCGUUCUACCUGUUCGAUCAGAAUCGCCUAAAACCAGUCAGCAAGGCACCCCUAGUCGCAUUCCUCUACCCGCGCGGCGUCCCUUGGAACAACAAUCGCCGGGGAGCAACAAAAAGGAUAAGGUUACCCGACCAUGUCAUUUCCAUAGAAGAGAACCUCCGACUCCGAAAACCCCACGAACACCCAAAACACGCAAACCACGAUCGCCUCACCCUAAUAGUUUGAAAUUCAAUACACCCAAGGCCGACCCAAAGAUCAAUUCCAGGCCAAGUCCCAAGGUCAGCCCCAAGCCCACCCCGGGUGCGGCUCGCAGGCAGCCCUCAAUGGAUAUGCGCUCCCCUCUACGAUCAGUGUCAAACGUCUCUAAAGCCUCCACACAAUCCGAAUGCGAUGGUACGGUUCAGAUCAAACCGAAGGGCAAGGACACAAGAGAAGGUACACCAGAAUGGCGCCGGCGACUAGUGCGCGGGGAAAUCGCCGCUGGCGAGCAACGUGAUCUGUUCGCGCCGAUGGGACUUGAAAGCGUGUUCAAGCCGCCUACACCUGGUGCUGCGACGGCGCAGCAAGGGUCCACCCCGUUUACGAAGCAGGAUGACAAUCUGUGGGAUUUCGCCGACACACCUUCGCGACAGGAUAGAGACGAGCAGAACAGUCGCGAUAAUGACCCCGAACGCGUCGAUGAUGAGGAGGGAAGGGAUAAUGGCGACCGAUCGCCGGAAGGAACCGUCAAUCGCGCUCCUUGGGAGAAUAAUGGGGGCCUGGACGUGGAUUGGGACCAGGAAGGGUUCUCCCAAGCGGGGAAUUCCCAGCUACGGACAGCUAGUGGGCUGGAGGAUCUGCGCAACGAGGGAAUCACUCCCAUAACCUUCACCCGUAACAACACCGUCGAUGGCAAUGGGACUUCAGAAGUCAUCAAGUCUGCGCUGAAGCAGGUCACCAACAAGUUGGAAAGCCUGUCUAUUAAAAAUGAUAGUCGCCCGGACUCCCCCGCAAGCGAUAGCUUCCUCUUCUACAACCACAGUGAACCUCACGUGGAGGGGUCUCCGCGAGAAGACAGCUUGCUGGACGCGACCAGUCAUUCUCUACCCCAGGAUCUGUCUAUGGGGACGGUGGACUUUAACAGUCGGCGAGGAAACCGCUCCUUCCCUCGGCGAUUUUCCCCUUCGCCCUUUCCUUCGCACCGUUUGUCCCCCACAACCCUCGCCAACUCUAAAAUCCGAAGUUCUCCCUUGUUCAACCCCCACAAGACCGCGUCACCUGGUCUACCGCGUCCUUCUUCGUCUCAUGUGCGGCCAUCCACCUCUGGAGCGGAGAAUGAGGCCAAGAUGCCGUCUUCAGGAAGUCCAUUGAAGCUGUUUGGUGACCAUGACACAUUUACUAACAACAGACUUCUUCGGCGCAUGAGUCAGUUUGAAGACAAUUUCAGCGACACGUCAGAAGGGGAGGAACCCCCUUCGCCCUCAGAAGAAGCGCGAAGAAAAGGCGAAAACCGCAGCCUUCUAAAUGCUAGACACGAACCAUUGCAGGAGAUCUCCCCUAGGCGAAAUGAACGCCUUGGGUCUCGAAAUGCUGUACAUCAGAUCAGCCAGUUUGGGGGUGGCGAGUUGGACAAAUUCGAUUUCUCAGACACCAGCCCCUACGAGCCCAAGUUGAUGUACGAUGAGGCCAGAGGGUUUGGGUCCCGCCCGUCUUCACGCAAGCGAUCGUCAACUCGGCAAAAAUAUUUCCGUGGCCCCUCACAGCAAGGGCUGUAUCAUUACACCAGAUCGGCAAGUUCGGGAUUCACCAGGAAGCCCUCUGCCUGGAUGCGCCAGGAUUUCUUUGAUGAUAUGCGGCAUGGGACUCGUCCGAAUAAUAAAGAAAAUAUGGCCCCUGAUGUGAAGCGAGUACCCCGGGCCCCCGGCAUGGACCCCACCCCGAAACGGCGCCGAACAAUUAUGAGAAACAGCAGCACCGACCCCUAUCACAAUGCCAACGGCGGUUCGCCUCAGAAGUACGGUGACAGCAUGUCACUGUUGCAACGGAGUCUUAUGCAACACGGCGUUCAGGUCGAGAAUAGUGACUAUCUUGCUCCGCCGGGCCUUUCUCAAUCGAUGCAGCGACCUCGAACACCCACACCAAGCCAAAUACGAACAGACGGGGAAAGUAAUGUUGCACCGCACAGAGACUUCUCCGAAUCCAAUUUCGAUAAUAACGAUUAUUCUGAUUCCUUUUCCAUUGAUGGUGACGUUCCACUAGUUAAGAUUACUGGGGCUAGUGAUACCUCGCGAAAAGGAUCCAUAACCACCCAGGAUUAUUUAAACGAGGCCACCAAGAUCAUGGAUCUCAUCAGAUCGAAAGGACGAGGUGCAGCUGGAUUGACAAGCGUACAUGAGUCUGACGUGGAAAGUGAAGGCGACGAGUUCAGCGACGACGACGAAUCCACACGCGAAGCCUUUUCUCGCCCUCCGAGCCGUGAUGGAACGGAUCUUCGCAAGUUGAGAGAGGUGAAGGAGUUGAAUCCCCAGAUUUUGAGUCACCUGAAGAAAUACCAGGAGCAAGAUGAUCCGGAUGACCGCGAAAUGUCCCUGCAUGCUCGUCAUAGCCAGGGCGAGGGCCAAACCGAGUUUGGUGAAUCAAACUCACAGAAUAUCCGAAUUCACGGUCCGAGGAAACGAAAGACUAGUGGCAUGACUGAUGACACAGCGGAAAACAUCGCCCAGGAUCUGAUGACUAUCAACACACAAAUGUCUGGCUUCAGUGUCAACUCCCUACCCACAGGCUCUUCACACAGCUCCCAAGUCAAGGGUAUGCUGGCUUCUGACCUUGUAGCCCACCUGAUCCCGAAUGAGGUCAAUGGCUUCAAGUAUGACCGUUCGAAGAAUCAAUGGGUGAAGGAUGAGGUGGAAGAACCACAGGCGCCAAUCUCAGAACCCACCGAGGAGACUGAUGAUCCAUUCAAGGAUAUUCCGGAUCUUAGUGUAGACGAGCUCCAAGAGAUGAUGCGAGUUCAUGGUCUCAGUUCUCCCGCAAAGAGCGACGCUCCAGCUGAUCGAGAGCAAUUCAAGGCCCGUGGUUCUUUGGCUGCGAACGCAUCCCCAAGAAACCUGAUGUUCGACCACACACGAGAGACGGGGACCCAUCUCUCGGCGCAAGCUCGGUUCAAUCAAGAUUCACUCGCUUCACGUCCAGUGUUCCUAACACUGGGACUAGAGCUACAUCAUGGGGCACGGACGAGGCCGCAGAAAGGAGAAUCUCUGCGCAACGGAAACUUGAAGCCCAGCGUGAGGACCCGUUGUCUUCGAAGACCCCCCCGAUCUCUCGGAAAACAAGCACGUGUCGCGACAGUGAAUCUCUCAUCACCCCUUGUUUCACGCCCCUCUUCUCGUGGCGAGCCUGAUAACACCAAGUCUGACUCGGACACGAAUCACACCUACCAUGGGAUUGUGCCAGACGAAGGUGCAGGCCCAGCAGACCAAGAAAAUGGCUCAAUACGGUCAUCCCUUCCUCCCACGGGGCGUCAAACUUCAGUCGGUGGACAGCCGUUCAUUCGACGUCCCAUCUCGAGGAUUGAGGAGAGGAACGAGGAGACUAUUGAUGACCAAAGUCUCAUCCGCAGAAAUGACUCACUUCAUGUUCAAGAGACACCUGCGAAAAACGAGGCAGAGCAUUCUUUGAUGCCGAUCCGGAGCGUCGGGCCGGACACAACCUACAGCUUCCACCUCAGCCCACUUGCGGACUUUACUGUCAACCAAGGCGAUAAACCUCUGAACCUUGAAAUGAGCUACGUGGCUCAACGUACAAACCCGUCCUCUUUGCGACAGGUGCACGGAACGUUCGCACUGGCAACUGAAGAUUUGAUCAAGCAUAUUACCGACGUGGAACCAUAUGAGCCUUAUUGGGAACACGAGUUGGAUGUUUCCGACAACGACAUUGGUCAAUUGAGCGGCAUUCCCCCAACCCUGCGAACCCUCAAGAUUCCUAGAAACUGCCUCUCCAACCUGACUCCCUGGGGUCACAUGGUCAAUUUGCAGUACUUGGACGUUUCAGGAAACGAUAUCGAGACAUUGGAUGGCUUCGCGAGCUUGAUUCAUCUCCGGGAAUUGAAGGCCAAUGACAAUCAGAUCCGUAACAUAGACGGGAUUCUUGAUCUGAAUGGCUUGCUAAGCCUGAAGCUGAGCAACAACUCUAUCACUGCAGUGGAUUUUGAAGGGUCCGAGUUGACACGCCUUCGUGAUCUUGACUUGAGCCACAACUGUCUGACAUCUGUUCGAAAUGUCGAAUGGCUUCCGUCACUUGCCACUCUCGAUGUCAGCGCCAACCAGAUCAGUCGUUUUGACACCUCUGCUUCCCUUAUCAGUCUCCGCGCCCUCAAGCUCUCCGAAAAUAAACUGGAGGCCUUAGAUGCACGGGCUUUCCCUUCUGUGAGCCUUCUUUACCUCGAUCAGAACCACCUUUCUACCGUUACCGGCCUUGAGAAUUGUCACAAUCUCGAGGUACUGUCUCUCCGGGAGCAGACACCAUCCAAAGAAAAGGACAUUGAACACAGGCUGGAUCUCGAUUUGGGACUUGUCAAGGAUGUUCGCAAAGUCUUUUUGUCCUCAAACAAGCUUUCCCGCCAAAGUGUCUGCCCUUCGGCCCCGCUACUACGACUUCAGCUUCUUGAUCUAGCUGCGUGCACGUUGAAAAGUCUCCCGAGUGAUUUUGCUUUGAGCUUCCCGAAUCUCAAGGUUCUAAACCUUAAUUUCAACUCGGUUGAUGAUGUUGAGCCGCUGGUUGGAAUGAACUGUCUUGCCAGACUGAUGGUUGUCGGCAACCGUCUCUCAAGGAUGAGAAGGGUCUGUCAGAUCCUCAGUCGACUAGGAAAAACCGGGAAAGGAACUGCGUCAGUGACUGGGAGUGGCAAUGCCGAUCGCAUGAAAUUGAAGUCUCCAGAACAAGCGGUCAUCCGGCACCAAGGAACCCACCGGGACCUUUCUGAUGCUCUGGCUGAGCUCGGAAACGAUGACCAUGUCUCUCACCGUGCUACCAUGGGUGAUGAGCCGAAGACAGACAGAGACAUCGAAGUAGACGACCCAUACACACUUCCGCUCGCCGACCCGCAAGCGGAUGGUACUGGAACUCUGCUCUACGCCGGCACGAGUGGCUCUCUCCACACCCUCGACGGACUAGACCUUCGGCCCUCACUGGGCGACGAGUGCUCUGACAUGAACAAAGCGUGGGACAGACUGGAGCAUCUUGGUGUAUUGCGGAGGAAGGCGAUCAAAAAUUAG